AUGCGACUUCGCGCCAAAAGGCAUGCCAACAAUGCUCGAAUUCCAAGGCAAAAUGUGAUCGCCAAAGCUCCGGGUGUACUAGAUGCAGACAACGCGGUCUCCUCUGCCGCCAACGAUGAGCAAGAAAGGCCCAGUCCAGUUUCCGUGUCUGAUGACUUGGUGCCGAGUCUCCAUGAGGGCAACACGGAGAACUGGAAUUUAGUGUUACCUACCCCUCUAACCUCACACAACUCCUCACAUACAACGCGAGAACUUUUGGAUGAUCCCAUGCCUAUAGCUCUAUCUUCCUCGGAGGGCCGCAAUUCAAGCCCCCAGGGUGUCACGCCUGACUGUCUUGACUUUUCAGGGUUGAAUCUUUGCUGUCCUAUCAAUGUGGAUGAAAUAAUCACCCGCUGGAUGAACUCAUAUAUCCCAAUUCCCGGGCAGAAAAUCAAGACCUAUCCUCCUGGGGUGAUUGAGUUCAUGACCAAGAUGUUGAAGGCAUUUGCUGGUGCAGCAACCCGUGGCCGAAGACUGUCAUUUAUUCACCAUACACAGAUGACCAAUCAGCAGGCAAACUCACCGUUAUCAACAUGUUUGAGUUUGAUCCGUAUCUGUGAAAAUCCACUGCCUGGGAGUGAACAAGCUGCCACGACGGUUCUCCAGCGCGAGAUGAGAAAUAUCAUUGAGCAACACAGCCUGUACAAGAAUGAUCUGACUAUACUUUCCGAGUUUCAAGCCUAUCUCAUUUACCUUUUGGUGUUGUAUUUCCGUCUCGGCGAGAGUCUGCAUCGCCUGCGUUCAGAGACCGACGAUUUCACUCGCCAAGCCCUAAUCAACCUACAGACCAUCGCACACUACGCUUGCCGACAAGGACUAACAUGCGUGGCCGAUCAACAGAGGGCACGUCCAAGGUGGGAGGAGUGGAUUGUGGCCGAGGCUAAACGACGAACUCUCUACGUGAUGUAUCUCUUUGACAGUAUCCUAGCCUCACGAGAUAACCUGUCGAUUUUCCUUGGCACCGAAUUGCACGGUCUUCCCGCGGCAGCUAGUAAAGAUCUAUGGGAAGCGACGGAUCGUGGGGACUGGGAGAGAAAGUACAAUAUGUUCCUUGCGGAGUGGAGUGAAUUAGGUCCCACAAUUGAUGAGAUGUGGCCGAUUCCUGAAGACAUGGACGAUUUGAGCAUUGCGAAACGGCGGUCCAGGGUAGAUCGGUGGCUUGAGGAUGUCGAUGAAUUUGGGACGAUGCUGUAUGCAGUUACCGUGUGUACACAUGCAGGGUAA